CUUGUUCUUAUAUAUAAACCUCUCUCAUUGAAUUCUCACACAUGACACACCCCACAACUUUGCACCUAAACACAUGAUUCUUGUUCUGCCUUCUCCUAUUUCUCCAUCUUGAUUUCCCUUUUUCUCUGAAUUGGCAUUCAGUUUCUGCAACCCUUUAUCGUUUCAUGACCAAUCAUUAGCCAAAGCUUGGAACUUGUGACCAAUGUCAUCUUCAAGUCUCUUCUUUUAUCUGUUUCUUGCAGUUCUUGCUGCAGAAACUACCUUUUGCUUUUCUUCUAAGGUUUAUGUAGUGUACAUGGGAAGCAAAACUGGGCAAGAACCAGAGGAUGUUCUAAAGCAACACCAUCAAAUGCUUGCUGCUGUUCAUGAAGGAAGUAUUGAGAAAGCACAAGCUUCUCAUAUUUAUAGCUACAAACAUGGUUUCAGAGGCUUUGCAGCCAAGUUGACUCAAGAACAAGCUUCACAACUUUCAAGAAUGUCUGGAGUUGUUUCAGUUUUUCCCAAUUAUAAGAGAAAACUUCACACCACCCAUUCAUGGGACUUUAUGGGACUUGAGAAGGAUGAAACCAUGGAGAUUCUAGGACAAUCCACAAAGAACCAAGCCAAUAUCAUCGUUGGUUUCAUUGAUACCGGAAUUUGGCCUGAAUCACCAAGCUUUAGAGACACCGACAUGCCAGCAGUGCCACCAAGUUGGAGGGGCCAUUGUCAAUUAGGAGAAACAUUCAAUGCAUCUUCUUGUAACAGGAAAGUGAUAGGAGCAAGAUAUUAUUUGAGUGGAUUUGAAGCAGAAGAAGGGUCAGACAAGAAGGUCUCUUUCAGGUCCCCAAGGGAUAGCACUGGACAUGGGAGCCAUACGGCCUCCACGGCGGCCGGCCGCUACGUGUCGAACAUGAGUUACAAGGGGCUGGCAGCUGGAGGAGCCAGGGGAGGUGCACCUAUGGCUAGAAUUGCUGUUUACAAAACUUGCUGGGAUUCAGGUUGCUAUGAUGUGGACUUGCUAGCUGCCUUUGAUGAUGCCAUAAGAGAUGGUGUUCACAUUAUAUCAUUGUCUCUGGGUCCUGAAGCCCCUCAAGGAGAGUAUUUCAAUGAUGCCAUAUCAGUGGGGUCCUUUCAUGCUGCUAGGCAUGGAGUUCUAGUGGUGGCAUCAGCUGGGAAUGAAGGAACUCCUGGUUCUGCUACUAACCUUGCACCUUGGAUUUUCACUGUUGCUGCUAGCUCCACUGAUAGGGACUUCACCUCUGAUGUUGUACUAGGAAAUGGUGUCAACAUCUCGGGUGAAAGUCUCAGCAUCUUAGAAAUGAAUGCCUCCAAAAGAAUAAUAUCUGCAGCAGAUGCCUUUGAUGGAUAUUUUACUCCUUAUCAAUCCAGUUACUGUGUAGAUAGCUCCCUGAAUAAGACCAAGGCCAGAGGGAAGGUUCUGGUGUGUAGACAUAUAGAGAGUUCAUCAGAAUCAAAGUUGGCCAAAAGUAGGGUAGUGAAAGAGGCAGGUGGUGUUGGAAUGAUACUCAUUGAUGAGACAGAUAAAGAUGUUGCCAUACCAUUUGUGAUUCCUUCAGCUAUUGUUGGAAGGAGAACGGGCGAACAUAUUCUAUCAUACAUCAAUAGAACAAGAAAGCCUAUGGCGAGGAUAUUUGCAGCCAAGACAGUUCUAGGAACUCGACCUGCACCCCGAACAGCGGCAUUCUCUUCUAAAGGCCCCAAUUCCUUAAACCCAGAAAUCUUGAAGCCUGAUAUUACAGCUCCCGGAUUAAACAUUCUCGCAGCAUGGUCUCCGGCAGCCGUUGGAAAAAUGAAGUUCAAUAUUAUAUCUGGAACUUCUAUGUCUUGUCCACAUGUAUCGGGAAUUGCAGCAUUAGUCAAAGCUGUUCAUCCUUCAUGGUCGCCCUCUGCUAUCAAAUCUGCCAUCAUGACAACUGCUACUAUUCUGGAUAAGCAGCACAAACCCAUUAGAAGGGACCCUGAUGGAAGAAGAGCUAAUGCAUUUGACUAUGGAUCAGGGUUUGUGAACCCCACAAGAGUUCUAGAUCCUGGCCUUGUCUAUGAUUCACAGCCAGAAGAUUAUAUUGACUUCCUCUGUUCAAUUGGUUAUGAUAAGAGGUCACUCCAUCUUGUUACAGGAGACAACAGCACAUGUGAUGGGGCAUUCAAGAAACCAUCCAGCCUCAACUAUCCAUCUAUUGCAGUGCCUAAUCUUGAAGACAACUUUUCAGUAACACGUGUUGUCACCAAUGUUGGAGAAGCAAGAAGUGUAUAUAAAUCUGUAGUGGUGUCUCCUGCUGGAGUUAAUGUCACUGUUGUGCCAGACAGGUUAAUCUUCGGAAGAAUUGGACAGAAAAUCAAGUUCAGAUUGAAUUUCAAAGUGGCUGCUCCUUCAAAGGGCUACACAUUUGGGUUCUUGUCAUGGAAGAAUAGCAGGUCUCAGGUCACAACUCCUAUAGUUGUUCGGGCUUCAUCAUCAGGCUUUGGAUUGGUCAGAUAACAGUGUGUUUGUAAAUAGUUACAUUAGCAUAGGAGCUGUGAGAAUAUUGCAGUCACUAUAUGCCUAUCAUAACCAAUUCUUCUAAAAAUCCCUGAUGCAGUCUAGAAGAUCACUGCCAAACAUAUGUUAUAGUUAUAUGCUCAGUGUAGCAAAUAUUACCAAAACACAGAAUUUGAAGAAAUUAUAGCCAGAAGUCCUGAAAUUUCUCAGAUUUAUUUUCAAUGUGUGAUGUGUUUUUCACUUUUUCCUUCCCCACCAAAGUGGUUAGUUAAGAAGGUGUAUUAAUUAUUUUUAAU